UCUUUUUACAGGGGCUGCCGGAGCGUAAUGAAAGAUGAGGAGAGAAAUCGCAGCUGUGGUUUUCUUCCUGAAGAGGCUCAUGAAGAAGGAAGCGAAGCUGGAGUCGCACAAGAUCGAUCUGUUUGUUGAGAGGCUGAGCAAAGGACAGGCAUACAGGUGCAUCCGAAUGAACAGUUUCCACAAGCAGGAUCUGGAGGUCCUUCGGGCUUGCCGAGAGAGUGGGGUUCAGUUCAAUGAUCUUAGACUUCUUACAUUGUGGGUGGACCCUGGUGAGGUCGGUUGCAGGUGA